CCUCAAAAAAAAUUAUAAUAUAAAAAUAAAAAUGAAACAAAAGUUAGAAAAAACGUAGGGAUAAGGUAGAAGUUUUGAUUCCUUAUAGAAAAAUUCAUUUUUCAUGCAAGCUCUCAAACUGCUUCUGUCGUUUAUGGAGGAGGAUCUGAAAGCUACUCUUUAUAUCGGUCGAAUUGUUUUAUUUCGUGCGUAUUUUCUUUACGAUACACGUAUCAGUCCUAAUUACGAGCUAACCGUUGUAGCUCAGUUGAUAGCAACCUUCUACGCCGCCACAUCCUACACAGCCGUGGACACCUUCGUUGUCAUGCUGGUUCUUCACACUUGUGGACAACUUUCAAACCUAAAACGAGAUUUGAUGAAUUUGCGACCGAGAACAAGCGACGAGUUUAAAACCAAGCUAAUCUAUAUCGUCGAGAAACACGAUUAUCUUAACAGAUUCGCCGACACGAUCGAAGAUCGAUUCAACGUAAUGCUACUGAUCCAGAUGCUCGGCUGUACCGUACAAUUGUGUUUUCAAUGUUUCCAGGCGCUCUUGUCAAUAAUCGGAGAAUCGAAUGAACUCUUUCUCUUGGAAAUAUCCUUUCUAAUACUUUACGUGUUUUACGUACUAAUUCAGCUUUAUCUUUAUUGCUACGUCGGCGAGAGACUUCUCUCAGAGAGCACGAGUGUUCUACAAGCCGUUUACGACUGUGAGUGGUACAAUUUAACAACGAAGGAGGCUAAAUCGCUUCUAAUGAUUAUGCAUCGUGCACGAUCGCCGUUGUGUCUCACGGCUGAUAAAUUCUGUACCUUCGCGCAAGAAUUAUACAGUAGCGUAAGUGUGUAUGUUUAAAAGAAAAAGAAAAAAAAUAGAAAGAAAAUCGAAAUAGAAAUCUCAUAAAUAGGAUAAUGGGUCUGUUCUUUAGGAUAAUAUCUUUCUAGAUUUUGAAGACAUCCUUGUCGGUUUUUUAUGCAAUGAAAAUAAAGAAUCUAACGUAAGUUAUUCGUAGAAUUGUCGCAGUUAAAAUACCACUGGCAUAUCGAAGAAUAUCUUUUCUCGCUUACUAUCCCAUGACUGCAAGAAAAGUUAUUACGUUCUCGAUAAAAAUGUGUAGCGACGCGAGCGAACAAUGUAUUAACCUAAUUUAUAAAUUAUUUCAAAUAUUUCUUUUAUAGAUCAUCAGAACUUCAUGAGAUAUUUCUCAGUUAUGCUGACAAUAUUGGAACAGAAAGAUUAAUUUUAGUGUAAAGUAUAGCGAAAACAUAAAUAGU